GCAUGUUUUGGUUUGUGAUCUUAGCUUAAACCUGAAUUUGAUGCAACCUUUAAUAUCGAGCUUCCCAGAUCGACCACUCAGAUCAAGAUUUUUCGGUCUUCUUCUUCCCAGAAUCGGGCCAGCGAGAACAUCGAGUGAUUCUUACUUCACACUUCACAGCAUGGAGCUCUGGUAAGUGAUAUGUGGCGACUCAGAGAGAAAGCGAAGAGCCGCGUCUACUCUCUGCUUUAUGUUCCAAUGCUUUCUCCUAUAUUUCCUUCUUGAUUACUGCCAAUUCCUCCGUCAAUUUAAUCCAUUUCAUAGAAUCCUCGGCUCUUCUCUUCUAUCCUCUCGAGCUGUGCGUCUAUUCGCUGCAAGCUUUUAUUUUUUUGCGAUCUGAUCUCUGCCGAGAAAGAGGGCGAAGAGCUCAUUGAAGAUUUGGUCUCUCGAUUUCGUUAUUGGUUCUAAGGAAUAUUGGAGAAAGAAGAGAGUUUGGCGAUCUGGAGGAGGAAUGAUAGAUAUUUUGCGGUGUGGAAGAAACCCUGAUUUGGAUUUGCAGCUGCGAACAUCUUCCAGAGCGAAGGCGGCAGUUUGGGAUCGUGCGAUAUGCGGAGGAGCCGGCGCCCGGCAAGAAGGAGGCUUUCGGAUUGGAUCUGGUGGAUUCUUGCUCUAUUCAUGGCUGGGGGUUUGCUUCUAUUUAUUCUUCAUCACCACCACCAGGACAGGUCUGGGCUUCAGAUCAAGGAGAAGGGCCCAAAACCCAUAGAGAUUGCACAUCGGAGCUUCAAUCUAACACAAGAACUAUUGAGCAGUACAUCCUUUGCUAGGCAAUUGGCUGAUCAAAUGACCCUAUCCAAAGCUUAUGUUGUCAUUGCAAAAGAGCUUGGAAACCUCCAACUUGCUUGGGAACUCAGCUCACAGAUUAGGAACUGCCAACGAUUGUUUUCUCAAGCAGCUUUUCGAGGAAAGCCUAUAAGCCUUGAAGAAGCUCAUCCCAUCAUUACUCAACUGGCUCAGCUAAUCUACAAAGCCCAGGAUUUACACUAUGACAUCAGCACCACCAUUACAACUCUGAAGAACCAUGCAAAAGCCCUUGAAGAGCGUGCAAAUGCAGCUACAGUGCAGAGUGCACAGUUUGGUCAAUUAGCUGCUGAGGCUCUUCCCAAAAGCCUCCAUUGCUUACACAUUAAGCUGCUAGAUGAGUGGUUUAGCAAUCAAGAACUGAGAAAACUUGCAGAAACGCAUAGGAAGUCACCUAUGCUCGUAGACACAAAUUUGUACCAUUUCUGUAUAUUUUCAGAUAAUGUUAUAGCCACUUCAGUUGUUGUGAACUCGACCAUCUCCAACGCAGACCAUCCUCAGCUGCUUGUAUUUCACAUAGUCACGGAUGGCAUCAAUUAUCAAGCGAUGGCAAGUUGGUUUUUGAAUAACGAUUAUAAAGGUUGUUUCUUUGAAGUUCAGAGUCUUGAAGAGUUCGAUUGGCUGAACGCUUCUUACUCUCCUUUGUUGAAGCAGCUAUCGUAUUCAGAAUCAAAAGCAUAUUACUUUAGUGGUGUUUCAGCCUACCCUGAGGAGGAGACCAAGUUCAGGAACCCAAAGUUUGUUCUUUUGCUCAACCACCUGCGCUUCUAUAUUCCAGAGAUAUACCCAUCACUGGAAAGAAUAGUGUUUCUUGAUGAUGAUGUUGUGGUGCAGAAGGAUUUAACACCGCUAUUUUCGCUCGAUCUUCAUGGAAAUGUCAAUGCAGCUGUCGAAACCUGCCUCGAGUCGUAUCAUCGGUUCUACAAAUUUCUGAAUUUUUCGAAUCCAUUGAUCAGCUCGAAGUUCGACCCGCAGGCCUGUGGGUGGGCAUUUGGUGUCAAUGUGUUCGAUCUGAUUGCCUGGAAGAAAGCAAAUGUAACUGCAAGAUAUCACUACUGGCAGGAACAGAAUGCACAUAGAACGCUGUGGAAGACAGGAACGCUUCCUGCUGGGCUACUGACAUUCUACGGGUUGAUGGAGCCGCUCGAUCGAAGAUGGCAUGUUUUGGGGCUCGGCUAUGACCUCGACAUUGAUGAUAGGAUUAUACAGAGCGCAGCAGUUUUGCACUUUAGUGGCAACAUGAAGCCAUGGCUGAAGUUGGCUGUCAGUAAGUAUAAGCAUUUAUGGACUCAGUUUGUCGACUUUGAACGACCCUAUCUGAGAGACUGUAUCAUGCAUUGAAUUGCAGUUGUCCUGUUAUUUGAUUCUCUUAUAUUUUUGAAGUCUGAAACUACAUGUUUCAGCUUGGCUGGAAAUUGUUAAAGCUUCUUGGAAUCGAGAGACCUUUUUAUACAUGGCGAAGCACAAGCUUUUGUAUUUCUGUAUUUGAAACAUCAGUUCUGUAACUAAGAUUGUUUGGGAUAGACUUUUUUAUUGUUUCUUAAAGUAGCUUUCUAGUACAUAAAUUUUAAUUUUUGUAUUAAAAAGCUGCUUCAAGAAACAGUAAGAAAGCCGUCCCAAAUGAAGCCUAAAUCCUCUGAUCUAGCUGGUUGUAAAUUGGAGGCAUGUAUUGAGAGUCCUCAUUGCCAAUUAGAUCAUUUAUGUGAAUUGAAAGAUUGUUCGAUUUUUACAGUGUUAUUAUUAUUUUUAAAUAAAUGGUCUUUGAACAGUA